GUUUUGACUUAAAUCAAGCCUUUCAAUAAUUAUUAUAGCACAAGACGUUGCAUAGCCUAAAUAAAAAGGUUUUAGAAUUUUUUGGAGCUGAUUAACUUUUCUCAUUAGUCCAAAAAAAAAAAGAUUUACUUUUAUUUACUUUCCUUGUUUUGAGGGUGACUGACUUCUUAUAAAAACAAAACAGCCUUCUAUAUAUUCUCGUGCAUAUUAGGGUUAUGUAUUUUUCUUUUUUUUUUUUAACAAUAUAUUAGGGUUUCUGUAUAGAUGAUUCUAAUUUGGAUCAUUGCAAAGCCUCCACCAUGGCUGAUGUAUUGCCUGAAUGCCUCAUUCAUAAAAUACUCUCUUACCUUAGUUUUACAGAAGCAGCCGAGAUGAGUAUUCUCUCCAAAACAUGGUUGCAAGCCUGGUUGACUCUUCCCAACUUGGAAUUCACAGUUAAUCAUAAAAACCAAAAUAUGAAAAAAGUGGAUAAUAUCAUGAAGAGAUAUAGGGAUGGAAAAAUCCCUAUUGAAAAGUUUGAAUUAUCGGACUAUAGUUAUUCUCGUCGAGUUUUCCCUUUGUUUGAUAAGUGGCUUGAUGUUGCCCUUCAGAAUGGUGUUAAAGAUCUCGUCUUUGGAGUUCCUAGCUAUACGUCAUACCCCUUGCCUAUUUCCAAAAUCUUGGCAGCAAAAUCUUUAAGAGAAUUGGUUCUAAGGGGUUGUAAUCUGACCCGUGUUUCAUUAUCUAGUGGUGUGCCGAACUGCCAUUCAUUGAGGAAGCUUUCUCUAUCUCUUGUUAUUUUGGACGAAAAUAUGCUUCAGACUCUACUUAAUAGCUGUCCCUUUAUUGUUAGUUUCAUCUUUGAUAAAUGUUAUGGAUUGGAAAAGAUUGAGCUAUUGAAUCUUCAAAAGAUCAAGUCAGUUUUAAUUUGGAAAGCCAGAAACCAGCUUGUUAAAAUUCAAGCACCAACUCUUGAAUACUUGUCUUAUUUCACUGAUCCGGGAGAGUCUCCUAUGUUGGAUAUUAUUGAUGCUCCAAAGUUGGUAUCCCUAGUGUAUAAGGUAGAUCAAAUUCCAGAUACUUUUGUCGGUGCUAAUUUUCAAUGGAGUUGUCAUCCUAGGGAACUCAUUCUGGAGUCAACUACUGAGACGAUUGCAUGUUUCAUGGGCCUUUUAAUGUAUAUGAAAAGUUUGAGUCAUUCUACUUCUCAAGAAAGCAAGCCUUUGCAUAGUCAAUUAAAAGAAGUAAAAGCCUAUAAAUUUAAUCGGGGAAACCGGAGAUGGCAUCCCGUGGAACUCAGAAGUGGAAAGAUGGCAAUGAGUACCCUUAAUGAGAGGGAUAAAUUUUGUUUUUCAUUAGAUUGGUGAUGCAAUUCAUUUAUCUCUAUUGCAAAAUUGAAUGUACUUAUUAGGUUUUCGGUUUUCGGUUCGUGAA